AUGGACACAGAAGAAGAUAAAAACAAAGCCAGGCCUUCUACACCAAUUCCACCAAUUCAGGGAUAUUAUGGUCCAAGAAAUGCCUAUUGCCCGCCAUUUAUGAUGCAUCCAAAUUCCCAACCAAUGCCACCAUUUCCAACAACGUUCAUCUACCCUCCGUCGAGUAAUGCCGAGGAGUCAGCCCCACCAAUGCCACAUUUUUCAACAGUGUUCAUCUAUCCUUCGUCAACUAAUGCGAAGGAGUCGGGCAGUCUUCAAGCACCCCCACCAAUGCUACCUUUUCCAACUACGUUCAUCUAUCCUCCAUCGACUAACGCAGAGGAGUCUGGCCGUCUUCAACAAGCGAUCCAACCCCCAUCAACUUCAUGCCCUCCAUCGAGUACCGGAGAGGAAUUGAGAAGCACCGGAAAGGAUUCAAGUAAUGCAGAGACUGCAAGUAAUGUUGGAGAUACUUCAUUAGAUGUAGAGACAGAGGCCGAGGAGAUAAAUGAAGAAAACUCUGAUAAAGACCGAGUUGAGGAGGAGCCAAAACCUAGUAUGGAGUUUGCCAUUGAUAAUGAGCUAAUGGCCUAUUAUAAGCGAUAUGCGAAGUAA